GGCAACAGAAAAACGGGAACAAAAUAGUGAAAUACACGCUCUUCCUUCCCUCCCUCCCUCACCCUCAGUCAGUCAAACCAAUCGCCAACGCAGCCCACAAGGAAACGAAGGAAGACAAACGGACGGUCUCCUCGCCGCUCCCUCCUUUCACCUGCUCUUUCUCUCAUCUUCUUCCCCUUCCCAAAUUUCCGCUAUACCCGCAGCUUCUUUCCGUAGAUUCUCCCCAUCACACCCCACCAGAUUAUCAUUCCAACUUGCCUCUCUUCCGCCAUUGCUGCUCCCUCGGAAGUUCCGCGCCUUCUUCUGUUACAAGCGUCAUUACCUCCGUCUCUCGUUGUAGAUUCAAUCUGACUCGGUAAGGACCCUAUAUUUCCUUGUGUUGAACUUUCAGAUCUUUCAGAUGUGUUGAUGGAACGAUAUUUGAAAAUCUCUGUUUCAGCUUUGACUCUCGGCGGCUGAAUGAUCAUCAGCAGCAGCAGCAUUUCACGGAGAGAUUUUUGAUUGCCUUAAUCUUUAAUUGCCGAGCAUAGGAGUGGAAAGGGAAGAAGCAGAAGAAAAGAAGGGAGUACUGUAGAUGGUGACGAAGGAGAAGGACGAAGAGCUGGCUCUGUUCUUGGAGCUCAGGAGACGCGAGAAGGAGAAGGAGAGAAGCAAUCUCGUCGCAGGCUUUCCUGUAACAAUGGAUGCUCCUCUAGGGAUCAAAGGCGGAAUUCCUCCAUUAACUCAGAUGGGGCCGCAUCGCAGAACUGCGGCGGAGAAAUUUCUCGACUCCGAGAAUGACAAAUCUGAUUAUGAUUGGCUUAUAACACCACCUGGAACCCCACUUGUCCCAUCUACGACAGAGAUGGAGACCCAGAAAACUGCUCGUCCCACUGCUCUGAAGUCGAGGCUGACUAAUAUUCAGGAAGUGCCACCUCCAAGAACUAGUGGACCAGCUAAACCCAUCGUUACAGCUGGUAGCAAUAGGAGAUCUUCAUCCACCGGAGCAUCAAAACCCACUUCUAGACCUUCAACACCAACAUCACGACCCACUUUACCUUCAUCUAGGCCGGCUGCACCGCGAUCUUCAACUCCUACACCACGCCCCACAUUGUCCUCAUCAACAAAACCUGCUGCAGCAGCUUCAGGGGCAAGAUCAUCCACGCCCACAAAAACCAGCUCACGAGCAUCAACACCCACUGCUAGCAGACACUCUUUACCAUCUUCAAGGUCAGCGUCGAGAUCCUCAACUCCAUCCAGGCCCCGCUCAUCUACCCCAUCGUCGAGAUCCUCAUCCGUGACAAAAUCAGCUGCUUCCCUAGCACCAUCCAAGAAUCCAGCUCCUCCAUCAUCACGUUGGAGCUCUCCAACGGUGAAGCCGAGGCCUUGGAAACCUAAUGAGAUGCCCGGUUUCUCCCACGAUGCUCCACCAAACUUGAAGACCUCGCUGCCAGAAAGGCCAGCUUCGGCUACCAGGGGCAGGCCUGGUGCUCGAUCAUCUUCCACUGCUGCAGCUGCUGUUGCGAAUGGAAGACCAAGGCAGCAGUCUUGCUCACCUGCUAGAGUGAGAACUUCAACACAUGGGAGUGGCCCGGUUGGCACUAAGCUUCCUGUUUCCAUCAAGAGCAGCAGAUCAAGUCAGAUGUAUGAUGGUGGCGAAGAUUUGAAUCCGGGGCUGAUGGGAACCCAGAUGGUUGAAAGAGUGGUCAACAUGAGAAAGCUGGCGCCACCCAAGCAUGAUGAUUAUCGCUCUUCCCAAAGCAAUUCUGCUGGGAACUUGGGCAGAUCGCUGUCAAAGAAGUCUCUUGACAUGGCUUUGAGGCAUAUGGAUAUCAGAAGAAGCAUUACAGGCAAUCUACGGCCACUGAUGACCAACAUACCUGCUUCAUCAAUGUACAGUGUGAGAUCAGCAGGUGGAUCCACAAGAAGCAGGACAACAGUUAGCGCGUCGGAAUCCCCCCAUGCAACGAGCAGCAAUGCUAGUAGCUCUGAGCCGAGUGUUAGCAAUGCUUUCUUCGCAGAUGGGUUGGAAGCUGAAGAAAAUGAGUUCUUCACGAGCGAGAAAGGGAAUUCGUCUCCCACUAGUCAGGUUAGUAGCUGUAGGUGAUAAUCAGAGAAUUCAGAGAGGUUAAGAUGGCCUUUGAAGUUUCAAAAUACCCGCUCAAUGAUGGAAUGAUGCCAUUUCAUUUGGGCUUGAAUUUUUGGAAUUGGGAGGCCUCGGUAUUAUCUAGUGGAACUUUUCUGGUAAUUAAGUUUAUGGGUGUACUGAACUGUUUAAAUGGGACUGUAGAGCCUGAAGAGCUCCUUCGGACUUUCGUGGCCAAAAUUAUCAUUGUAUCAAUCAUGAUUUCGUCAAUUCUUUGUCCACUUUCCGUCUUUUCCAUGAAAAAUCUAUCAUCUCCUCGUCAUAGUUGAAAGCAUUGAAAGCACACCAAUCACUUUCAAUUUCCCCCAAUCCGACUUACACGCGAAGAAUCAUCUAUUGAUAUGUUUGUCCAUGUAAAACUCGGAUCAGAAGCUCUAUUAACAUCCAAUUUCACCAAUAUACCAGAUGACACAAG